CCUGUGACGAAAUAUAACACCAUGCAUUUGUUACUAUUCCUGGACAUAGACAGCUCACCAGGCACAGCUGUUUCUAAACCUAAUAGUAUAAUGGAAAAAUAAUAACAAAUACAAGGGCCAGAGCCAACAAUUUCUUCAAAAAAUCACCUGCUUUUUUUUCUGUAUGUGUUUCCAGAUAUGGCUGCUGCUGGCAGUGUGCUGACUGAGGAGCAGCUUCUCUGCCCCAUUUGUCUGGAUUUGUUCAACCAACCAGUCUCCACUCCUUGUGGGCACAACUUCUGCAAGGACUGCAUACAAGGAUACUGGCAGAGCGCUAAUCUGUCGCAGUGCCCCAUGUGCAAGCAGAAGUUCCACAGGAGGCCUGAGCUCAAAGUUAACACCUUCAUAUCUGAGGUCGCUUCCCAGUUCAGGAACUCAUUGGAAAAGAAAAACGAAGAUGAAGCCAGUAACCUGGACCAGUAUUCAAGCCAUAAAGGAGAAGUUUCAUGUGAUGUGUGCGUUGGAAAAGGCAUCAAGGCUCUUAAAUCAUGCCUGGACUGUUUGGCCUCCUUCUGUGAGACUCACCUGGAGCCCCAUCAUGUUCUAGGCACCUUCAAGAAACACCACCUGAUCAACCCCAUAAUGAACGUGCAAGACAGAGUGUGUAAGAAGCAUGCAAAACUGCUGGACCUGUUCUGUAACACUGACCAGACUUAUGUGUGCCAGAUGUGUAUUAAGAGAGACCACAGUGCUCAUCACACUGUACCGAUAGAGGAUGAGAGCAGUGAUAGGAGAGCUCAAAUCGGAAGGAUAAAUGCAAAAGUGGAAGAAAUGAUUCAUGGCCGACUUGAGAGAAUCAGCGACAUCAAUCAAAAUGUUCAGCUUAGCAGAGGAAACACAGAAAUAGAGAUUGAAGAGAGUAUACAAGUCUUCAACAAACUGCUCCGCCUUGUCCAGAUAGGUCAAGCUGAGGUGGUGGAGGUGAUUGGGGCAAAGCAGAGGCAAAUGGAAGGCAGGGCCAGAGGACUCAUCAAGGAGCUGGAGCAGGAGAUCGAUGAUCUGAGGCGGCGAAACGCUGAGCUGGAGCAGCUCUCACACACCAAAGACGACUUCUUUCUUAUCCACAGCUUUCCAGCUUCCUCCACACUGCCAGCCACCAAAGACUGGUCUGCUACAAGCGUGGAGAGCGCUUUGUAUGUGGGCACGAUCAGGAGAGCGGUAAGGAGAGUAGCCUGUCAGCUAGAGGAGACAGUAAAGUCUGAGGUCAAGAGGCUAUGUGAAAUAGAAUUUCAGAGGGCGAAGCAAUGUGCUGUGGGUGUGACUCUGGACCCUGAUACAGCUCAUCCCAAACUGGUGCUGUCCGAAAACAAGAAACAGGUCUUUCACGGUGACGUAACGCUGAGCCUCCCGGACAACCCAGAGAGAUUUUACCCUGGUGUCAGCGUUUUGGGAAAGGAGGGCUUCUCCUCAGGCAGGUUGUACUAUGAAGUGCAGGUGAAAGGCAAGACAGAGUGGGAUGUUGGAGUUGGGCUUCAGUCCGUCAACAGAAAAGGAGGGAAUGUACUUAACCCUGAGACAGGCUACUGGGCCCUGGGGAUGAGGAAGGACAAGAGCUACUGGGCCCUCAGCAGUACUCCUAUCCGUGUGCCGCUGGUUGGGAGGCCCCAGAGAGUCGGGGUGUAUGUGGAUCUGGAGUGGGGGCAGGUUUCUUUUUACAACGCGGAAUGUGCUUCUCAUAUCUACUCAUUCAAUGGAUACUCAUUCAAUGAAAGACUUUUCCCUUACUUUAACCCUCGACGUAAUCAUGGCGGAGUCAACUCUGCUCCUCUGAUCAUCUCGCCUGUCAACGUCUGAAA